UUGGGGAAAGGGGGAACCCGAGGCUCCUUUGCUUCAACCGCAAAUCCCGUCCCACCCGGCCAUGAGGCUUUUGCUAGGGCACCUCAGGCAGUCUGGGUUCGAGGGAGGAGGAGCGAGGGAUGGGGCAGUCCCCUCACCGCCAACUGGGAAAAGGCUGAGAGGCCACAGGGAGUGCCUGGAAGGUGGGAUUGCCGCGAGGUUGGGGAAACGGGAUGGAAGUGGCUUGGACACAGUGAGAGGGGCACAGUUGGGGCCGGCUGGGGCCGCAGGCGGUAACGCGGCCCCUGGCCCUCCCCAGCCCCGGGGCCCGCCCUCCACCCGGGCGACGAGGCGGGGGGCAGGGAAGACCAUGGCCCGCCUCUUCAGCCCCCGGCCGCCCCCCAGCGAAGACCUCUUCUACGAAACCUACUACAGCCUGAGCCAGCAGUACCCGCUGCUUCUACUGCUGCUGGUGAUCGUGCUCUGCGCGCUCCUGGCGCUGCUGGCUGUCGCCUCCGCCAGCGGCCGGGAGAUAGCUUCAGACCCAGGCUUCCUGACCACUGUGCUGUGCGCGCUGGGUGGCUUCUCGCUGCUCCUGGGCUUGGCUUCCCGGGAGCAACGACUGCAGCGCUGGACACGUCCCCUGUCGGGCCUCGUAUGGGCAGCGCUACUCGGGCUAGGCCACGGCUUCCUGUUCACUGGGGGCCUGGUGAGCGCCUGGGACCAGGUGUCCUUUUUCCUCUUUGUCAUCUUCACCGUGUACGCCAUGUUGCCCUUGGGCAUGCGGGAUGCCGCUGCUGCGGGCCUUGCCUCAUCGCUCUCCCACUUGCUGGUCCUUGGGCUGUACCUUGGGCCUCAGCCGGACUCAAAGCCGGCGCUGCUGCCACAGCUGGCAGCGAACGCGGUGUUGUUCCUGUGCGGGAACGUGGCGGGAGCGUAUCACAAGACGCUGAUGGAGCGCGCGCUGCGCGCCACGUUCCGCGAGGCACUUAGCUCCCUGCACUCGCGCCGGCGGCUGGACACCGAGAAGAAGCACCAGGAACACCUUCUCUUGUCCAUCCUUCCUGCCUACUUGGCCCGAGAGAUGAAGGCAGAGAUCAUGGCACGACUGCAGGCUGGACAGGGGUCACGGCCAGAAAGCACCAACAACUUCCACAGCCUCUAUGUCAAGAGGCACCAGGGAGUCAGUGUGCUGUAUGCUGACAUCGUGGGCUUCACCCGGCUGGCCAGUGAGUGCUCUCCUAAGGAGUUGGUGCUCAUGCUCAACGAGCUCUUUGGCAAGUUCGACCAGAUCGCCAAGGAGCAUGAAUGCAUGCGGAUCAAGAUCCUGGGAGACUGUUACUACUGUGUCUCUGGGCUACCGCUCUCCCUGCCAGACCACGCCAUCAACUGCGUGCGCAUGGGGCUGGACAUGUGCCGGGCCAUCAGGAAGCUCCGGGCAGCCACUGGCGUGGACAUCAACAUGCGUGUGGGCGUGCAUUCGGGCAGUGUGCUCUGCGGAGUCAUUGGGCUGCAGAAGUGGCAGUAUGAUGUCUGGUCCCAUGAUGUCACACUGGCCAACCACAUGGAGGCGGGUGGCGUGCCAGGACGAGUGCAUAUUACAGGGGCUACCCUGGCCCUGCUGGCAGGGGCUUAUGCUGUGGAGGAUGCAGCCAUGGAACACCGGGACCCAUACCUUCGGGAGCUAGGGGAGCCUACCUACCUAGUCAUCGAUCCCCGGGCUGAGGAGGAGGAUGAGAAGGGCACUGCAGGAGGGUUGCUGUCCUCUCUCGAGGGCCCCAAGAUGCGUCCGUCGCUGCUGAUGACCCGCUACCUGGAGUCCUGGGGCGCCGCCAAGCCUUUUGCCCAUCUGAGCCACCUAGAGAGCCCUGUAUCCACCUCUACCCCUCUCCCGGAGAAGGCCCUGGCUUCCUUCAGCCCCCAGUGGAGCCUGGACCGGAGCCGUACCCCCCGGGGGCUAGAUGAUGACCUGGACACUGGGGAUGCCAAGUUCUUCCAGGUCAUCGAACAGCUCAACUCUCAGAAACAGUGGAGGCAGUCAAAGGACUUCAACCCACUGACACUGUACUUCAGAAAGAAGGAACUGGAGAAAGAGUACCGACUCUCUGCCCUCCCCGCCUUCAAAUACUAUGCAGCCUGCACCUUCCUGGUUUUCCUUUCCAAUUUCAUCAUCCAGAUGCUGGUGACAAACAGGCCCCCAGCUCUGGCCAUCACCUAUAGCAUCACCUUCCUCCUCUUCCUCCUCCUCCUCUUCGUCUGCUUCUCAGAGCACCUGACGAGGUGUGUCUUGAAAGGCCCCAAGAUGCUGCACUGGCUGCCGGCACUGUCUGGCUUGGUGGCCACACGGCCCGGACUGCGAGUUGCCCUGGGCACAGCUACCAUCCUCCUGGUUUUUGUGAUGGCCAUUCCCAGCCUGUUCUUCUUACCGGCAGCAUCAAACUGCCCUUUUGGGGCUCUCAAUGUGUCCUCCAUGGCUUUCAACAUCUCCUGGGAGCUCCCUGGGUCCCUGCCUCUCAUCAGCGUCCCUUACUCUAUGCACUGCUGCGUGCUGGGGUUCCUGUCCUGCUCCCUCUUUUUGCACAUGAGCUUCGAGCUGAAGUUGCUGCUGCUCCUGCUAUGGCUGGGGGCCUCCUGCUCCCUCUUCCUGCACUCCCACGCCUGGCUGUCUGACUGCCUCAUCGCCCGCCUCUAUCCGGAUCCCUCGGACUCCAGGCCAGGGGUGCUGAAGGAGCCCAAACUGAUGGGAGCUAUCUCCUUCUUCAUCUUCUUCUUCACCCUCCUGGUCCUGGCUCGGCAGAAUGAGUAUUACUGCCGGCUGGACUUCCUGUGGAAGAAGAAGCUGCGGCAGGAGCAGGAGGAGACAGAGACCAUGGAGAACCUGACUCGGCUGCUGUUGGAGAAUGUGCUCCCUGCACAUGUGGCCCCCCAGUUCAUUGGCCAGAACCGGCGCAACGAGGACCUCUACCACCAGUCCUAUGAGUGUGUCUGUGUCCUGUUCGCCUCAGUUCCAGACUUCAAGGAGUUUUACUCUGAGUCCAACAUAAACCACGAGGGUCUAGAGUGUCUGCGGCUGCUCAAUGAGAUAAUUGCUGAUUUUGAUGAGCUGCUCUCAAAGCCCAAGUUUAGCGGGGUGGAGAAGAUCAAAACCAUCGGUAGCACCUACAUGGCAGCUACAGGCUUAAAUGCCACCUCCGGACAGGACGCACAGCAGGACGCUGAGCGCAGCUGCAGCCAUCUUGGCACCAUGGUGGAGUUUGCGGUGGCUCUUGGAUCAAAGCUGGACGUCAUCAAUAAGCACUCUUUCAACAACUUCCGCUUGCGUGUGGGGUUGAACCACGGACCUGUAGUGGCUGGAGUGAUCGGGGCCCAGAAGCCGCAGUAUGACAUCUGGGGCAACACAGUGAACGUGGCCAGCCGCAUGGAGAGUACAGGAGUCCUGGGCAAGAUCCAGGUGACUGAAGAGACGGCCCGGGUGCUGCAGUCCUUAGGCUACACCUGCUACAGCCGGGGUAUCAUCAAGGUCAAAGGCAAAGGGCAGCUCUGCACCUACUUUCUGAACACAGAUUUGGCACGAACUGGACCUCCCUCGGCCACCCUAGGCUGAGACCCCCAUCAUCCUAAGAUCCUCAAUAAAAAGACUCUGGUAUGAUGGGA